AUCAAUGUUUUAUGUCGAGGAGGAAGGGUCAAAGUCAACCAUCCAGUUAAAAGUACAUAUUGGUGCUCCUGCUAAGUCCCCAGCUGACCCGUCUGGACUGGUGGAUGAGCUAAGAUGAAGCUGUUGGUUCUGCUGCUUGUUGCUCUGCCGGUUCUGACCUCGGCCCGACCUACAGGCUGCGGGGACCAGGACUCGUUUUCAUCUGAUGUCCCAGCGGUUGCUCUAAAUCCAGCUCUGGAGAACCAACGCCCUGAAAGACCACCGGCCAAAAAAUCUUGUAAGCUUCCUCCAUUAGUGAGGAGAAAUAUGGCUGACUCUAAAUCUUUCCAUUUUGAUGAAACCAACCUGGAGUGGAAGACCACUUACGGCAGCAUCCCCAGCGGGGCCGUGUCCAUCUACAACAGCUACUCUAAACGCGUGGACUACAUCUGCAAAGUGGGCUGCAACGCGGGCUAUUACAACCCAGAGAGCAGUAGCGAAUGCAACUUCUCCAACAAUGGGUACGGGUACAGCGAGUCGCCAUUUGAGCUGCUGGUCAACAAAGACAACUUUGAGGUUUUGCUGUGGAAACAAGGCUCCUACGGUUCCGUGACCCCAUUUUCUAUUAAGACCUGCCAGAACGAAGACAUAUACGUUGGUAAGAAUGAGUACGGUUUAGGGAAAGUGAAGGUCAGUGAUCAGGCCUUCUACCUUCCCUGGGGGAGCACUGAGUACUGGUACCGUGACUAUCAGGUCCUGGAGGUGGAGAAAGACGUAAGAAAAGAGGACAUGAUGGAUGUCCAGUACCACACAGAUGGCGUCACUCCUGUAGUGUAUCCUCCUGAGGUCUUGAACAAGGAUACGGUCUUCAACUACAACUGCCAGCCCAUCAAACGUACAUCCACCCUUUCAAAGAGCAUCUCAAGGUCCAACAAGUGGGACACCACCUUCUCCUUCACGGCGGGAGUCGGCACCACAAUCAAAACCGGAAUCCCCUUCAUUGUUCAAGGACAGUUUCAGUUUCGGGUUUCUGCAAGCUACAAGUUGGUCAAAGGGAGCACUCUUACCGAGACAACCACCCACUCUCUUGCCGUGGACACCGUGGUCCCGGUCGGCCACUCGUGCACCAUCACCAUGCAGGGAAAGAAGUACGGCAUGGACAUCCCGUACACGGCGCACCUUAAACGCACCUACAGCAACGGAGAGACCACGUGGACGAGCUUCACUGGCACCUACAGGAGCGUCCAGGUCUCAGAAGUCCAGGCUGUGGUGGACCGCUGUGACCCUUUACCUGACGCCAAACCUUGUUAGGACAGCACACGUCACUCGUACGUCGCUUUCGUGUCCAACUGCAAUAAAACAAAUAAAGACAAACCAUUCAUUCAUGUGUUGG